AUGGCGGCACGCAAGGGCAGCAGCGGUUUCCUCUCUCGCAUCUCUUCCUCCUUCAAGCCCGUCUCUGGCUACCAGGCCUACGGUCUCAGGCUCGAGGAUUUCUACAAUGCCGAGAACCCCGAGAUCCAGGAGGUGCUGAGGAGGCUCCCCAACAAGACCAAGGAGGAGAGGGACCUCAGGAUCCGUCGCGGUCAUGAGCUCCACUUGAAGGGCACUACCCUGCCCGAAUCGUCGUGGACCACCCCUGAGGAGGAUGGUCAGACCUACAUGGAGCCCUACAUGAGCGAGGUUGUCCAGGAAAUCGAGGAGAGGAAGGACUUCCGGGCCGACUUCUUGCUCCCCGUGGAGAAGAGGCACAAGCGCAAGUAG